AUGUCAUGUAUGGCUGGCCCAAGUGGUGAUGAGGACAAAUCACCGGGUCGGGACGACUUGAUCCCCUCCGGUGGCUACAGCUGCUAUCCGGAUCCCUCGACGAAUGCCGACGACCAAAACCUCCGGGCCCAUCUUCAAGGAUUCGGGCCUCCCGGCCCGGAGAUCUACAACCUGAUCUCCUCCGGCAUGGACAACAUGAUAGGGUUUUUGCCCAAGAACCCGCACGGUACUCCCGACGGAAGCUUCUCAUGGAAAGGCUCGUUUUUCGCCCGGCAAGGCCUGCCUUCUUCCAAUCCCAAGGACCAAAUUGUUAAUCAAGAAAACUGCGGUUUUUACCCGCAGCACGAUAUGACCGAGCUGCUCGACCAGUCGUCCCUAAGGUCAUGCGUUUUUCCGUGCGAAGGGAACGAGAGGCCAAGCCACGGGCUUUCACUCUCCUUGAACCCUUCCAACCCUUCUUCCAUAGGGCUUCAGUCUUUCGAGCUCAGACAACACCACCAGCAGCAGGAGAGUGACCUGUUUAGAUUCGGGCCGUCGAGCUCCAGGCCGGAGAGCGGUCACAAUAUGCAGCAGCAGGCCUUCGUUCGGAACUCGAGGUACUUGGGCCCGGCCCAGGAGCUGCUGCAAGAGGUUUGUGACCUCGGGUCGAAUCAUGAGGGUAACGGGUCGGGCCGGAAAAUGAAGGGUGUUCAAAAGGACGACGGUGAGUGGGGGGAGAGUGAGAACGCAGAUAAAAGGCGGUCACUUUACUCGCUCGACCUUGUGGAGUUGCAGAGAAGGAAAAGCAAGCUGCUUCAAAUGCUUGAAGAGGUACAAUAA